CGAAUAGACACCAGCCGACCGACUGCGACGCAUCUUCUUAACAACCGAUCGCCCACUUCUUACCUUUCCCAUCCUGUGUCCGCCCACGAUGGAUCCUCAGACGCAGCUCGACAUCGCCAAGCUCAACGAUGGCGACAGAAAAGAAUUGACCCAGUACCUCGCAAAUGAGGCGCAGAAAUCCAAUAUCCAGCAAACUGUUCAUGGCCUUGCCGAUAUCUGUUGGAAGAAGUGCAUCACCGGAAAGAUCUCGUCAGGUCGCCUGGACCAGCCUGAGGAAGCUUGUGCGCAGAACUGUGUGGAGCGAUGGAUGGAUACGAACUUCGCUGUCUUGAAGCAUCUCGAAAACCUUCGGGGACAAUAAAAGCUUCCUGUUCCGACAGGUGUUCACAAACUUUUCUUUUGUUUUUUUGUUUCUUGGUUUUCUGUAUCUUGUUCUACCUAGACGCUCGGUCUGCUGUCACGGAACCCUCAGGCUUUACGCUCUCCCUGUUCGCAUUGAAAUCCUUUCCGUACGGUGAUACCAGGAUAUGUUUUCUCUAGGUUGUAAGGUUUUCGACCUUACUCGCUGGUAAGACUCUGGAAAUUCAAUCAGCUUAACCUCUAUCCGAGAAGAGCCGUAAGUGCCAUGGCCUGUCACAAGGCAGGCUCGACUGUUUGGAGUUUCUCGCUACAGCAUAAGACAUAAUAUGAAAAUGGCUACCAUAUUGAAACG